AACUAAUGAAGGCGAUAUCCCCACAAGAGGUAGAAGGUUUCGUCUACAGACUGACAGAAAGACAUUGCAAGAGGAUUGCUAAGACCGUAGGAAUCACCGAUCAGAAUACAAUCGCCACCAUCAUGGAUGAAAACAACGAAGAUCUUGUUCUCAUUCAGUCAAUGGUGAACGACUGGAUAGAAGGACAGGAAUGCUGCAACUUCGAGAAGAGAUGCUGGCUUGAUGAUGCCACCAUCAAAAUUGGCCGUCAUGAUAUGACGGAUGCAUUUGGGACAACCAGCUACAGGGUUAAAACAGGUGAUAAUCUUGAAAGACCACAUCCUGAUGCUAGGACGUUCAAUAGCAGCAGUAUAUUCGAUGAUGAUCUGGCGUCCUUGCUAAAGCAUCUUCCUACAGGUGCGAUACCUUUGUUUCUUGAGAAGCUAGGCAUCUCAGUUGACGAGGAAGGUGACGAUUUGGAGAAGCUGCGAUGUUGGAGAGACCAAAAUAUCAAAGAAUCAAAAAGAUAUUCCCUGCAGGCCCUUGUUUCGAUCCAUAGUGAUGCAUUGAACGAGGCGAAUGACAGUCAUGUACUUGACGUGAACGAUGAUGAACUGGAGAACGUGAUUGCAAGCAUGACUUCCAUGAAACAGAUGGAAGAACUCACCUCAAGACUCGGGAUAAAAAACGACAAAGAGCAAUCACAUAUUCUUCAUCUCACCGAAUGGAGAAAUAGAUGUAAAAUGAACGAACGCCGUAAAAAGCUGAGAGAAGCACUCAGUUCUAUGGAAUUAUCAGGAUGCAUUGUUGACCGACUUCCUGCAAAACAUGUUUACCAAGCUGAGCUGGUACGUUUGGCAUGGACUACGUUUUAUAUCGAUGUUUGGCCAUUGGCAACGCUUCUUAAAAUGGACAUGGUCAAAGAAAAAACAGUUGGGGAACCACACAUGGAAGGAACUAUACAUCUUCUGAAACAACAAAUGGAGGAGUUGACUGGUCUUGUUAUGAAUCGCCGCCGUGAUUUCUGUUUUGCCAUUAGAAAUCUUGGAUACUUCGAUGUUGCUCGUUCAGGCUAUUUGGGUUAUGACGCAAGCAUCAGCGAACUUUGCAACUUGACAACGGACUUGUCGGAAGACGAAAUCGUAAAAUUGGUAAAGCAUUUUGGAUUGGAGAAAGAUGUUCUUUCAGGUUUUCAAGGAACUACAGGCCCAUACGACGACGUCAAACUUAUGACGAUCUGGAGAAAUCAGCUUAGACUACAGCCACUUCACUUCAGAUUCGAGCUAGCUUCGGGUCUUCGCGCUGCUGGAAGAACUGACAUUGCCAAUAGGAUCCUCGCCGUAGGUGGGCAUCACACAACGGAAGUCGAUUCCAGUGUUGUAGAACGCAUAUGUAACAGUCUGGAGGGUGACGAACUGGAAAGGCUCCGUGAACACCUUGGACUGAAAGCUCAGGAUGAUCAGAAUACUACAACAGCAACACUUGUGACGGAGUGGGUGAGAAACUGGUUGAAAGAGUUUGACAAAUUAUCACCGAAGCAAUUAAUCACGGACAAGUUAAAAUCUCGUGGAAACAGGAUUGACAAUCUGUUCAGGGCUGGAUUUGUGGAACUAGCUGAGGAAGUCAUGCUACUCGAUAAUUCCAGAAUUCUACUUGCCAAGCCGGCCGAUAAAGGGCGUAAAGAUAAAUCAAGCGGGGAUGAGUCUGACAACGAAGCGGACAGUGAGGAGUAUCAGGAGGUAUCUGUCGAACAGGCAUCUGACACCAUGCCAGUCCAUGAGAGGGGGUUUGAAAAUGCUAGCGACAACGACCCUGAAAUCAAGCCUAACAAUGAGGAAUGCAAGGAGGCAUUAAGCAAGCAUGAAAGUGGUAGUCACGUUGACCAAUGAGCUGUUAGAGGAGACAUCUAUGGACAUAAAUUGGAAGUCAACCGGCCAAUAAUGCAAAGGGGCAUCUAGGAGCAUGAAUUAUAAGCGGAGUCGGCGAAAAAGAGUAAAAGGAGGCAGGCAUCAAACGGGCAUGAAUCUGAAAUCGAGGUAGCAAAUGAGCAGAGUGAAAAUACAUUAAGCAAUCACAAUUCUUAUUCUAACAACUUAAACAAAACAAGAUUCCAAAAACUUGACUUGCAAAAUUGACAAUUGUGCUACUGCUCUGUCUUCUUCUUCUUCCAUUCUUCUUCUUUUCUCUUCUUCUUCUUCUUCUUCUUCUUCUUCUUCUUCUUCUUCUU